AUGGAGGAUUCUGCUUUUUCGGCCGUCUUAAGUAGUUUUGGAUGUGCCCUGCCCAUGUGGAAAGUGAAAGCCUUCAUGAGAGCAAAUAUCGUGACAGCACAGGUUUUCUGGGAAGGCUUGUGGAUGAACUUUGUUCUGCAAAGCAUUGGUCACAUGCAGUGCAAAGCAUAUGACUCCAUCUUGGCUCUGACUCAAGAUCUGCAAGCGGCUUGAGCGCUGAUCUGUACUUCUACUGAUGUCAGCGUUGUUGCCACUGGAUUGACAGUUGUUGGGGCUGAGCGCACCAACUUCUACAGAGAGGAGUAGUUUAAAAAGGCCAAAACUGGAAUAACAGUUGGGGCAAUCUACAUAGUUGCAGGUCUACUGUCCCUCAUUGCUGUUAGCUGGUCAGCAUAUGUCAUCAUUGUGGGCUUUUUUAAUCCUCAAGCAAUUGAGGAGAGAAAAGGAGAGCUGGGAGCUUCAGUCUAUGUAGGAUGGGUGGCUGGUGUUCUGCUAGUUGUAGGUGGUGGCUUGCUCAUCAGCACGUACUCCAACCGAUGUUGAUCACAUCUGUGGGUUAAACAUCAAGUGACUCAUAGUGAUAUGGGUAAAUGAGUUACUUUGAAUUUGUCUGAAGAUCCUUGUUCGACUGUGUCCAAAAAAUAACAAUGCUCCAUGCUACAAAGCCAGGUCAAUCAAGGUGUGGAUGUAGGACCAACGGAUCAAGACCUUGUCAUGGCCAGCCCAAACUCCAGACAUG